AGGAGCCCGGCGGUCCCGCGGGGCGCUGCCCUCCCGGGGGCGGGGGAGCUGCUCACCUGCGCCCAUCCCCGCGGCGGGGCGGGGGCGCGGGGCGGGGCCGGCUCUACUCCGCUCCGCUCCCUCCCGCGGGGCUCGGGCAUCUCCGCGCCGGGCGCUGCUCAGCGAGCGGCACCGCGCCGGGAUGGAGGGCGCGAUCCCCGCCCGGGACCUGGCGCACCCCGCGCUGCCGCCGCCGCUGCUGCUGCCGCUGCUGCUGCUGCUGAGCCUCUUCCCCGCAGGUGGUGCCCUGUCCCAUGAAGAGUCUUUGUGGGUUUUGAAUAAAGGGGAGGAAUUAAGGCUGACGUGUGAUGAGGAGGGACCUGUGACUUGGAACUUCCAGAACUCGGACCCAUCAGCAAAAGCAAGGAGUUCCAGUGAGAAAGAGUGGUACACCAAAAAUGCAACAGUCAAAGAUAUAGGCAGAUACACAUGCAGGAGCAAAGGGAGUAUUGUCUCCUCUUACUAUGUUUAUGUUAAAGAUCCAAAUGUGCUCUUCCUUGUUGAUUCUCUGAUCUAUGGGAAAGAAGACACUGACAUCCUGCUAGUGUGCCCACUAACAGAUCCAAAUGUUACAAAUUUCACGCUGAAGAGAUGCGAUGGCAAACGUCUCCCCAGAAACAUGACGUUCAUUCCCAAUCCCCAGAAAGGCAUUGUGAUAAAGAACGUGCAGAGGUCCUUCAGGGGCUGCUACCAGUGCUUGGCCAAGCACAAUGGAGUUGAGAAGAUAUCAGAGAAGAUUUUCCUGAAUGUGAGACCAGUCCACAAAACUCUUCCUGUCAUCACCUUAUCAAAAAGCUAUGAGCUCCUCAAAGAAGGGGAAGAGUUUGAAGUUACAUGCAUAAUCACAGAUGUGGAUAGCAGUGUAGAAUCUAGUUGGAUUUCUCACGAAAAGGGGACUGUUACAAGCAAAAGCAGAAAUUUGCGUGAUUAUGGAUACGAAAGGAAAUUAACAUUGAACAUCCGUUCAGUGGGAGUUAAUGAUUCUGGAGAAUUCACAUGCCAAGCAGAAAACCCUUUUGGAAAAACCAAUGCCACAGUAACCUUGAAAGCUCUAGCUAAAGGAUUUGUCCGUUUGUUUGCAACAAUGAAUACCACAAUAGAUAUAAAUGCAGGACAAAAUGGGAACUUAACAGUUGAAUAUGAGGCAUAUCCAAAACCAAAGGAGGAAGUCUGGAUGUACAUGAACGAAACAUUACAGAAUUCCUCAGACCAUGACGUCAAGUUCAAGACUGUGGGCAAUAACAGUUACACAAGUGAACUUCACCUUACACGAUUAAAAGGAACAGAAGGAGGCAUUUACACAUUUUUUGUGUCCAACUCUGAUGCCAGCUCCUCUGUAACAUUUAAUGUCUAUGUGAAAACAAAACCUGAGAUACUCACUCUGGAUAUACUUAGCAAUGGUGUUCUCCAGUGCGUAGCAGCUGGAUUCCCAGCCCCUACCAUAUACUGGUACUUUUGCCCAGGAACUGAGCAGAGGUGUUUUGAUUCACCAACAAUAUCCCCCAUGGAUGUCAAAAUUGGUUACACAAAUUCAUCAGCGCCGUCAUUUGAACGAAUCCUGGUUGAAAGCACCAUUAAUGCCAGCAUGUUCAGGAGCACUGGCACUGUGUGCUGUGAGGCCUCCAGCAAUGGGGACAGGAGCUCUGCUUUCUUCAACUUUGCUAUUAAAGAGCAAAUCCGUACACAUACCCUUUUCACCCCUUUACUAACUGCAUUUGGAGUUGCUGCAGGACUGAUGUGCAUCAUAGUCAUGAUCCUGGUGUACAUAUAUUUGCAGAAACCCAAGUAUGAAGUUCAGUGGAAAGUUGUUGAAGAAAUAAAUGGAAACAACUAUGUUUACAUAGAUCCAACACAACUUCCUUAUGAUCACAAAUGGGAAUUUCCUAGAAACCGUUUGAGUUUUGGUAAGACCCUUGGCGCUGGAGCUUUUGGGAAAGUUGUCGAAGCCACUGCUUAUGGUUUAUUUAAGUCUGAUGCUGCUAUGACAGUAGCAGUAAAGAUGUUGAAAACAAGUGCCCAUUUAACGGAGAGAGAAGCCUUGAUGUCAGAGCUUAAAGUGCUGAGUUACCUUGGAAACCACAUUAAUAUUGUGAAUCUGCUUGGAGCUUGCACUAUUGGAGGUCCCACUCUGGUCAUUACAGAAUAUUGCUGUUAUGGUGAUCUUUUAAAUUUUCUGAGACGGAAACGAGAUUCAUUUAUUUGUCCAAAACAUGAAGAACAUGCAGAUGCAGCUGUUUAUGAGAACCUUUUGCAUCAGUCAGAGCCCUCAGCUGAUGUUGCCAAUGAGUACAUGGACAUGAAACCAGGAGUGUCAUAUGCAGUCCCACCAAAGGCUGACAAAAAACGACCUGUGAAGUCUGGAUCCUACACUGAUCAGGAUGUUACCCUUUCCAUGCCAGAGGAUGAUGAACUGGCUUUAGAUGUGGAAGAUCUGCUAAGCUUUUCUUACCAGGUGGCAAAGGGCAUGAGCUUCCUUGCCUCCAAAAAUUGCAUUCAUAGGGAUCUGGCUGCAAGAAAUAUUCUUCUAACUCAUGGUCGAAUUACAAAAAUCUGUGACUUUGGCCUGGCAAGAGAUAUAAGGAAUGACUCAAAUUAUGUGGUCAAAGGAAAUGCUCGUCUUCCUGUGAAGUGGAUGGCACCUGAAAGUAUUUUCAAUUGUGUCUACACCUUUGAGAGUGAUGUCUGGUCUUAUGGGAUACUGCUUUGGGAGCUCUUUUCUUUAGGAAGCAGCCCUUAUCCAGGGAUACCCGUGGACUCAAAGUUCUAUAAAAUGAUCAAAGAGGGAUACAGGAUGUUCAGCCCUGAGUGUGCACCACCUGAAAUGUAUGACAUAAUGAAGAGUUGCUGGGAUGCUGAUCCUUUACAGAGACCCACAUUUAAACAAAUUGUACAAAUGAUAGAGCAGCAGCUUUCAGAUAAUGCCCCCCGGGUUUAUGCCAACUUCUCAAGCCCACCUUCCAGUCAAGGCAAUGCUCCAGAUCACUCGGUGAGGAUCAACUCCGUGGGCAGCAGUGCUUCAUCUACUCAGCCUCUCCUGGUACGCGAAGAUGUUUGAGUGGCUUGUGGAGAAGAGAUCACAUGUGUUAGCUGUUUGUAUUGUGCAGGGGCUGAGAGAGGGACCACUUCAAUAAUUUCUCUUUCUUUUACUCACUACUACCCACUGUGUAGCUGAAACGUUGUUGUAAUACUGUCCUUUACCAUGCACUGUUAUACAUAAACUUAAUCUGCUGAGCACGGUUACAGGCAUCAUUGCAGUGUUAAUUGAAGCUGUAUAUAUUUUGCUAUAUUGUGUGUAUUUGCAGUAGAGAGCCAGAUGUGAAGGAAAAAAAAAGAAAACAACCGACAAAAGAAAUCCUAAGCCAGGGUGUGGAAUUAGAUGACUGUAGAUCAAACCAAAUCUGCAGUGAUUCUUCUCUGGAUCUGUGCCUGGAAUGCAUACAGUCAUUUUCUAGUUAAUCUUGUUUUUCUGAAUUUAGAAAGUAAGUAUAAAGUUAAUGGUUUUGUAAAGCCCUUUCCACAUCCAGGCAAGCCUGAGUGGCUUUCCCAGGUUGGAAGCCAAUGAGGGUCUGUAUUUACCUGGGAAAAAGAGGUGAAGGAACCAAGACCCUUCCAAAGUUUCUCUGCACAGCUGGAAACCCUCCUGAGAGCUCUGGGGUUUAAACCAGAGAAGAAGGGAGGAAGAGCAUGGAUUUUCAUUGUUAUUUCCCACCUGUGCUGUCACCCUUGCAGAGCAGUUGCACGGUUUCCAUGGAUAUAUGCACUGCUUCUUCCCACCUGUGCAUUCCCUGACAGGAUGAAGCUGCCCAUUGCUGGGUCUCACUCCAAAGCCUCUGACUUUGACAUUUGUUUUGCUAAUAGUUGCAUCUAAAGGUGUUCACCAGAGAUAGGUGGGCCCUGCCAAGCUGGUCAAAAAAGAGGAGGAAAGCUGCUUCCAGCAAACUGUGUCUGGAGAAGAGGCCGUUUAACAAGUCAUCUUAUCUAAGGGAGAGCAGAGAAAAAUAAUGCUCUUCUGGGGGCCCUUUCUUUAUCUUGUCCUACCCAAGUGAAUCUUUCCCACAGGCAGUCUUGGAUAGUGCUAACUGGAAAGGGCUAUUUUCCUUCACCCAAGUUGUUUCUGUGACAACAAAGAAGAGUCUAACUGAGAAGUGCCAAAUUUAUAAAUGGCAUAAAAGAAAGAAUCCUUUCAUUCUUCUUUGACAGAUGUGAAGCUUUGGGGUCAGCAUCUGUUGAGCCCAGGGUUGUGCUUAAAAGUGUUUUCUAACCCCUUUUCUUCCCACCAGGAGCACUGCUGGUUCUUUUCUUCCUUUGUUUCUGACCCCUAAAAAUAAGUCAAGGCAUUGAAAGAAGCAUUUCUCAGAGGCAGAGUACUACUUGAGUACCUAUUUAUUUACAAUGCACUUAAGCACUCUGUAACUUUUACUUCACCGGCAUUUUGGUUGAGUUUACAUGCAAUUCAAAUGUGUAACUAACUGCCCAAAUACAAGGUAACUGUAAAUACACACACUGGUAGUACAUUUUGGGUUACAUUGAAUACCAUGCUCCUUCCGUGACUGUGCAUUUGGUUUAUUGCUACAGGACUCCGCCUUUCAGAGUUAAAUAAAAAAUUAGCCAUUUGCACUGAACUUACUUAGGCUGUUGCACCUUUCCAAAGUUAGCCAUUUGUUUGGAUGCACUCUAAUGCAUACUAGUUGUUGAGCAUUUUCAGUUUAAUGCUAUAAAAGCUCUUUUGUAACGUGUUGGCUUUUGGAGCAACUGUAGACAAACUAGUUGUUAUAGAUGUCUCGGUACUUUACAGACACUUAGCUGAAAGAGGUUUGGGUUUUUUCGUUCUUGAAAUUUAUAUUUUUAUAAUUUGGGGGGGGGUUGAAACUUAUUUUGCCAUGGCUUGGUGUUUUGAAUGGGUUUAUGCAUUUGUUUUUGUAAAUAUGGAAAUGUAGCAAUAAUGUCCUUUUGACUAUUCUCAGUCCUUGAGUCUCAAAAAUAUUUUUUUAUAUAUAUAUAUGCAAAAACUAUAUGUAUAAAUAUGUAAGUGUUUGAAAGUUUAUGAAACACUUAUGGAUAUGUUGCUCAGUUGUAGAAUUGCAGUUAAGAAAAGUUCAAAUAAAUCUGUAAAUAUAUA